AGAAAGAUUAGUUUCUCACAGAGUCUCUCCUGAGCCUGCUGGCAGUUUGUCCCUCUGUGCCCCUCGUGUUUGCAGCAGAAGAUGAGAGACUGUCCCUGAGCCGCCUUGAGUCAGGAGCCUGGCAUCUGAUGAGUGCUUACCUCUAGCAGCAGACCCAUGUCGCCACCCCAGGAGCCAGCAGCAUAGGAAGAGUGGCAGAUGUGUUGCCUGGCCAGUUAUGACUGAGACCAGAAGUAGAGGCUGAAGCCAGAGAGGACUACAGGGCUCCCGAAGGAUGGACAUCACCCCAACUGCUUGGGACAGUGCAAGGAGGACAUCGGACACCAGCACUCUGCAGGGGACUCCCAGCAGCCUGGAAGAGAAUAAAGACCAGAGCAGCAGCAUCUUCUCUGGGUUUGCAGGACUCCUCGCCUUCCUCCUGCUUGUCACAGCUUCCUGCAUCCUGUGGAACUGGAGCAAGAGGAAGAAGUUGCAAGUUCCUUACCUCCGAGUGACCGGCCUGCCCUCACUGACCCUGUCUCAGCCCAGACAACGAGCCAAAAAUAUUUAUGACCUCUUGCCUCGCCGACAAGAAGAGCUAGGGAGACAUCAGUCAAGAAGUAUCCGUAUUUUCAGCACCGAGAGCCUCAUCUCCAGAAUCUCUGACAGCCCUGAGCAUAUGCCCGCUCAUGCAGAUAAUACCCUCCGGAGACACCGAGUGCACAUUCACGCUGUGAGCUAUGCAGUGGGUAUCUAUGACAAUGCCACUGUGCCCCAGGUGCAUGGAAACCUUGCUCCUUCUGUGCACUAUAUCAAUGUCACAGCUUCCAGGGAUGGCUCAAGCACUUCUUCAGAGGAUUCAAAUGAUUAUGUCAAUGUCCCCACAGCAGAAGAGACCACCAAGAUGUUAACUUCUACCAACAGCCAAUCUGAAAAUGUCUUUGUCCUGCCAUGUGUCCAAGAGCUGGAGUUUAAUGAGGAAGGACUGGAGAGCUGUGGGGACACCAAUGCUGGCACCAGCUUAAGGGUUCCAGGAACUGAGGGCAGUGACUCACUCAGUGAUGGUGACAGUUCUUCUCAGACUUCACAUGACUAUGUCAACAUGAUAGGUUUGGAUCUUGGGGACACCUCUGAGAGGAAGUCCGGGAUGGAUUUUCAGUAUGGCAGAGAUUAUGUAAAUAUCCCAGCAGCAGAUCCCAAUGGAAGCCAGCAGCAGGCUGAGGAAGAAGAGAUGUCUUCAAACACAGACUGUGGAGAGGGCAGGACAGAUGGUCCCGGGGCCCACCUCCAGCCUGGCACAAGGCUGUCUUCAGGGUAUUGUGUGGCUUUUCAGCCAUCCAUUCAGAGUGGGAACAGUCAAAUGACAUGUGCAGAAGAGACAUCAGAUGAAGACUCAGAUGACUACGAGAAUGUGCUGGUUGCUGCGGUAGAAGGGAGGAACCAGGAGCAGGGGCCUGACACUCAGCUGCUUCCUGAUCAGUGAGCACCAAGGUGCCCGGCUGGAAUGCCUCAUGAGCUGUCCACACUGCUGGUCCUUAGCCACUGCAGUCCAGAGGAGAUGUCCCAGUACCAUAGUUCAGUGGAUUCAGUUUUGUCAAGCUAACUAGCAGCUGAGAGGAAGAGGGGUGAUACCAGACUGAAUAAAAGAAAAGGCUUGGGGAAGGAAUUCCAAAGGUGGGCUGUCUCUCAUACUGACCUCAGGUUUGCUGAAACUGCUGGAUUGGACUAUUGGAAAAUAAAAAAAA